AGACGCCAUUGUUAUGAACGUACUGUUACGACUCCGAUAACUUUUUCCAUAGUAUAUAUACAUGAUCAAUUUUAUAGUAAUUUAAUAAUAUAUUUUACUUUGUUAAUCUCUUAUUUAUUGUGCAAAAAAGUAAGAAAGUUUCAUCAUGGGUCUCGUUUGUUCCACAGCGCAGCUUGCCUGCCUGUGUGGCAGUACAGCCUGCAGUUUCUGUUGUUCUCAAUGUCCCACUUGCCGUAACAGCACUAGUACUCGCAUUAUGUAUGCUAUGUUAUUAAUGCUGGGUACUAUAGCUGCAUGUAUUACUAUGGCACCUGGUUUACAAGAUGCUCUUAAAAAGGUUCCAUUUUGUGCUAAUAGCACAAAUUAUGUACCAUCUUCAUUUACUGUAGAUUGUGAAUCAGCAGUUGGUUAUUUAGCUGUAUAUAGAAUAUGCUUUAUUCUUGCAUUAUACUUUUUCAUGAUGUCAGCCAUUAUGAUAAGAGUUAGAAGUUCGAAAGAUCCACGGGCACCUAUACAAAAUGGAUUUUGGGCUAUUAAAUAUCUUCUAAUAAUUGGUGGAAUAAUUGGAGCUUUCUUUAUUCCUGAAAAAUCGUUUGGUUUAACUUGGAUGUAUUUUGGAAUGAUUGGAGGUUUCUUUUUUAUUAUUAUACAAUUAAUACUCAUUGUUGAUUUUGCACAUUCCUGGGCAGAUGCCUGGGUGGGUAAUUAUGAAGAUACUGAAUCAAAAAGUUGGUAUGCAGCACUUAUGGGAGUUACUCUAUUUAAUUAUGCUGUUGCUAUCACCGGUGUAGUAUUACUUUAUGUAUAUUUCACUCAUCCCUAUGAUUGUGCACUUAACAAAUUCUUUAUUUCUUUUAACCUUAUUUUGUGCGUCAUUAUCAGCAUUAUUUCUAUUCUUCCAAGUGUACAAAAAUAUCAGCCACAUUCUGGUUUACUUCAACCAUCUAUAGUUUCAUUGUAUGUCAUUUAUUUAACAUGGAGCGGAGUUUCUAAUAGCCCAGAUCAUAUUUGUAAUCCUGGAUUCUUUGGAAUAAUCUCCAAUGAUACACAUGCCAAAAAUCGUGUUGCUUUUGACAAGGAAAGUAUAAUUGGUCUCAUAAUAUGGUUCAGUUGUGUUUUGUACAGUUCUCUACGUACAGCAUCGAAAUCAUCUAAGAUUACCAUGUCUGACAACGUUUUAGUUAGAGAUAAUGGAGCUGUCAGGAAUGCUGGAGACCAGUAUCUUAUCGACAAUGAAGACUAUACUGCAGUAGAAGGUCGCAAUGGUGAUUCAGAAAAUGGUGAAGCUAAAGUAUGGGACAAUGAAGAAGAGACUGUAGCAUACAAUUGGAGUUUCUUCCACUUAAUGUUUGCCCUUGCUACUUUAUAUGUGAUGAUGACUCUUACCAAUUGGUAUGAACCAAAUUCAAACUUGGACACCCUGAAUUCUAAUGUUGCAUCAAUGUGGGUAAAAAUUAUUUCUUCGUGGUUAUGUAUGACCCUUUAUGUUUGGUCUCUGGUAGCACCAAUACUCUUCCCAAACAGAGAGUUCUCAUAAAUUGGAGAUUUUUUCGAGAAAAAAAA